AUGAGUGAGGACACUUAUGAAAAUGCAAAAGUGACAGAAAUCAACAGAACUGAUUCCAGAGACAACGAGAACUCCUAUGAAGAUGUUUAUGCAAAUCCAGACAAUUUGAACACCCAGAGGCCCAGAAGCUUUAUGCAAGCUGAGAUUUCAGGAGGAGACACUAGAUGGAGCAGGUGUUACAGACUGCCUGCAGUGUGUGUGGUGCUGCUGUGUGUUCUCCUGCUGAUUGCCGUCACAUUGCUGUGGAUCAAAUACAACCAGUUACAGACCAGUUACAACACCCUGACUUUAGAAAGAAACCAGACACAGACAAGCUAUAAUAUUCUGACUGUAGAGAGAGACCAGUUACAGACCAGCUAUAAUAUUCUGACUGUAGAGAGAGACCAGUUACAGACCAGCUAUAAUAUUCUGACUGUAGAGAGAGACCAGUUACAAAGGGAGAGGACAUUUUGCAAUUUGGGUAACAACAGUUUAGAAACUUUGCGGGAACUCUUUUUUGAGAGAAACUCCAAGGUUGGAAGACACUGCUUUGUGUGUUUCAGCUCUAAUCUUUAUUUUAUGUCUAAUGAGGAGAAGACCUGGACUGAGAGCAGACAGGCCUGCAAAGACAAAAAAGCAGACCUGGUGAUCAUAAACAGCAAAGAGGAACAGGACUUCAUAAGAAAUAUGCUGACAAGGAGAAUAGCUUGGAUCGGUCUGAAUGACAGGGACACAGAGGGCGUGUGGAAGUGGGUGGACGAUACACCUCUGAGCACUAAGUUUUGGGGACGUGGAGAACCGAAUGGUGCUACGUAUGAGAACUGUGUUGUAAAUGCUCCUUCCUUUAACUGGGCUGAUUAUCCCUGUGAUCGUGAGUUUAUGGGGAUCUGUGAGAAGACAAUCUUUAACUGA